AUGUCUUUGAUUCAAAUGUUCUCAUCUGAGACCUUUUACCCUACGCGGCUCUCGCUACCAAGUCUUGCGCGAGUCAGUCUCGCAUACGCCACAAACUCCGUGCUAGAGGAUUUCCUUAACGAUGGAGUCCGAUACCUGGAGUUGCGUACUAUCCCACGCACAUCACCAUCAUCCAAAAUAACCAAAGAAGAAUACCUUAAUACAGUCCUAGACACGAUCUCAGCAUUCAAUUCAAAUCCCCAAAACAAAGACCUAUCCGUCUUCCUCAUUCUAGCCUUGGACCGCGGUAACACAACCCAAGCCCAAGCAAACGAGAUCAUCGACCUCGCCAUCGCGAAUAAACACCGCGGGGUUGUCGGUGUGGAUUUAUGCGGGAAUCCGACACAGGGCAAUGUCUCGAUUUAUCGGGAUGCAUUCGCAUAUGCAAAGAGCCAUGGUCUUGGUCUAACACUGCACUUUGCCGAGACACCUACCUCGGGUACGCGCGAGGAACUACAGACUCUGCUUUCAUUCUCGCCUGAUCGGUUGGGUCAUGUUAUUCAUGUGCCUGAUGAUAUCAAGGCGGAGAUUGUGAAGAGGGGGCUUGGGCUGGAAUUAUGCAUGUCUUGUAAUGUUCAUGCGAAAUUGAUUGAGGGUGGCUUUUUGGAUCAUCAUUUCGGGUACUGGAGACAUGAGGAAUGUCCGAUUGCUUUAUGCACUGAUGACGUGGGCUUCUUUUGUAGCCCUGUCUCCAAUGAAUAUCUGCUUGCUGCGGAGCACUUUGGUGUUAAUCGGGCUGGGUUGAUGAAGAUUUGUCAGAAAUCUAUAGAUAUGAUCUUUGGUGGUGAGCUAGAGAAGGAGAGAUUACGUCGUAUUCUGCAUGAGUUUGCGGGCUCUAUGGGAUCGUCAUAG